AUGUACCAGGUAUCAGUGAAGAAGGUCUCGAAUCUCAUGAAGCGAAAGGCUCCAGGAGGCCGCAUUAAGAAGGCGUUGUUCCAGUCUUAGCCGUUUGCUAAUUUGGACUUCCUGGUGGACUAUAUUCAGGCCUUCUAUGUGCCGGUUCGGGAGUGGGAGACCUGGUUGGUGUCCCAGGACGCCACCAAGCGGUACUCUCAGCGCCAACUCACCGGCCUGGCCUCCUGUCUCUCUCGCGGUGACCGCAAAACCCGCCAGCGCCUCAUCAACACCGUCAACCAAAUGUAUCCCAAAAAACCGGUUU